AUGACGCUGUGGAACUUGUACAGCAACAGACAGCCGCCGCCGUCGCCGCCGCUCAGGAGGCCCGAGGGCAUGGGCCUGGCGCCGCAGAGCGAGGCCCUCAACCUCGGCGUUCACAGGGAGAUGGCCAGGCAAGAAAGAGAACGAGAUGAGGAGCGCGAGAGGGAGUGCGAGCUGGUGCAGGAGCGCCUGUACGAGAUAGACGACAACCCCAAGAGGAAGGAGUUCCUAGACGACCUGUUCCGGUUCAUGCACAACAGAGGGACCCCAAUAAGUCGUCUGCCAAUCAUGGCGAAGCAGGUGCUGGACAUGUACGAGCUGUACAACUUGGUGGUAGCCCGUGGUGGGCUGGUGGAAGUCAUCAACAAGAAGCUGUGGCAGGAGAUCAUUAAGGGCCUGAAGCUGCCCUCUUCCAUCACCUCUGCAGCCUUCACCCUGCGCACACAGUACAUGAAGUACCUGUACCCGCAAGAGUGUCAGAAGGAGAACCUGAGCAGUCCGUCGGACCUGCAGGCAGCCAUAGACGGCAACCGACGCGAGGGGCGCAGGGGCGGAUACAGUAACGCCUCUUACGCCGACUUCGUGCAGAGGUCGCCGCUCAUGGCCAGCUCGAUGGCGCAGUCGUUCGGC